AUGAUCCCACGAAAAGAACCUGACGGUUCUUCCCUUACUUCUCGAGUAGAGCAUGCGUUGAAUCUUUCAAAUGACUAUGCACUCGGGUUGGUUCAUCCCGACGGUCAUUGGUACGGCGAGAUGAAUAGCAAUGUCACCGUGACUGCCGAAUAUAUCUUCCUCCGACAAGCAUUGGGACUAGAUCUCAAAGCUGAUGUCGCAGCUUAUUGCCAUUAUCUUCUAUCUCAACAGAAUAGUGAUGGCUCCUGGGGUCUGGCACCUGAGUAUCCAGGCGAUGUGUCAACCUCGACCGAAGCCUAUCUCGCACUGAAGAUCUUGGGAAUAAGCCCGCAUAUCCCAGCCAUGCAGAGGGCCCGAGUGUCUAUACUGGAAGCAGGUGGAAUCGCGCGCGUACGCGUGUUCACUCGGAUCUUCUUGGCUACUUUUGGUCUGUUCCCCUGGGAUGCAGUACCAGAGCUUCCCGUGGAGCUUAUGCUUCUACCUUCCAUUUGCCCAAUCAAUAUCUACAAAUUCGCAUCUUGGGCUCGCGGUACUAUUGCUCCUCUGUUAAUCAUCUGCCAUCAUCGACCCGUGUACUCUCUUCCGAAUGGAAAUUCCGCUACGAAUGACUACCUAGAUGAGUUAUGGCUAGAUACGAACAAACAUGUACCCUACGGCCUACCCCUCUGGGAUCUGAUAUCUCAGAGAGAACUCAUGGGACUAGCAUUCGGAGUUUUGGAUAAACUGCUCUAUCAACUAAAUGGGCUUCGUUCUGUUCCUCUAGUCCGAGCAUACGCCCGAAAACAAUGCAUGAAAUGGAUAUUAGAGCGCCAGGAAAAGACCGGUGAUUGGGCCGGAAUCUUCCCGCCCAUGCAUGCCAGCAUGUACGCAUUCAUGCUGGAAGGCUACAAGCUAGAGGAUGACCCCGUUCGCCUUGGAUUCCAAGCCUUGGAGAGAUUUGCGUGGGAAGACGAAAAAGGAAAGCGAAUCCAAGCAUGUGUCUCACCCGUCUGGGAUACUGCUUUGAUGACGAUUGGACUCUGCGAUGCUAUGUCACCCAAUAAACAGACCAUCGACCAAGCUCUCAAGUGGAUCCGAGCUCGCCAGUUGCUUGACAACCGCGGAGAUUGGCGGGUAUACCGACCACAGUUAGCUCCUGGUGGUUUCAGCUUCGAGUACGAAAACAGCUGGUAUCCCGACGUGGAUGACACGGCUGCGAUUAUCCUCGCUCAGGUGAAGCACGACGCUGGGUCUAUUGGUUCGAAUUCGGUAAUUGCGGCAGCCACAUGGAUUCUAGGCAUGCAGAACCCCGACGGAGGGUGGGCUGCCUUUGACGUGGAGAAUGAUAAACAAUUUCUCAAUAAGAUCCCAUUCAGCGACAUGGAUAGCCUGUGUGAUAUAUCGUGCGCUGAUAUCACUGGGCGGAUCCUUGAAGCUUUCGGUCUGAUGAUGAAACAUUCUACAAAGACUGAUGCGGAUCUAUUGCCUGCACUACGUGCCGCAUGUGCGCGCGGCGUGCGCUACCUUGCUUCUACGCAGGAGUCCAAUGGAUCUUGGUUCGGAAGAUGGGGUUGUAAUUACAUCUAUGGCACGAGUCAUGCGCUAUGUGGUCUGGCUUAUUUUGGCGAGGAAAGUCUAGUUCGCGUGGUUCCGGCUCUGCAGUGGCUGAAGUCAAGGCAAAAUGACGAUGGCGGCUGGGGCGAGUCUCUCUUAUCAUAUCAGUCGCCCGACCAAGAGCAGCAUGCUUCAACGCCGUCGCAAACUGCAUGGGCGUUGAUGGGGUUGCUCUCUCAUCUUCCAGUCACAGAUGAUGCCGUUGAGCGCGGGAUUUGGUACCUGGUAUCCUCACAAAGACCAGAGAAAGGCGGAUCAUCAUGGCCCCAAGCGGUACAUACUGGAACUGGGUUUCCAAAUCAUUUUUAUCUGGGCUAUGAUUACUACCGCCAUUAUUUUCCUAUGAUGGCCCUUGGCAGAUAUCUGCAAGGAACCCGAGGCUUGAAGUGA